AUGGUGAAGCAAACAUUGGGCAGGGCCAUCCAACUGGCUGACCAAGUCGCAAAGGCUUUGGACAGGGCCGUGGUGAGAUCCACGGACAAGAGCUUCAUCCCCAAGCUCAAAUCCAAGGCUGAACAGCUGGCGGGGCUUCUCCGCCAACUCAGCAGCAUCGACCUCGGCACCUACCCGCCCCGUACGUGCGAUCAUCGACAGCGCCGAACAAGGCCUCGAUAG